AUUAUUUAUCUUUAUUUUAUAGGAUUUUAUGUAAUUUAUUUGAAAUGAAAUAAGGUUUGGCAUUUGUCAUAAGUUAGAUUAUACGAUUGUGUAAUUAUUGGUAGUGUUUGUAUAAAAGAUAAGGGUGUUAGAUCGAAACAUGGACAGAAAUAAUAUGAGAUCAAGCUACGUAAAUAGCGGCCCGCGCUCCCUGCCGCACAUGGGCAGCAGCAAACGGCACAACGGUAAUGGCCACAAUGGAGCCCGCCUCAGCCCACCUGCGCAACCGCCUCAGCAUAACAAUACCAACCCCCAAGAUGAUAUUGUAAACUAUGUUUAUGAUUCUUGGAAUAAGGUGACACGAGAACUAGAGCGCGGCAGUGAAGACGCGAGAUACUAUCAUGAGGUGUUGCCGCCUCGCCAGCUCGCCAACUUCAGACCAUUCAACCUGGAAGAGUGGUGGGCCCGGCGGCUUCUCCAGAGCUUAAACUACAACAAACGGCGAUCUUAGUUUCCGACGAACCAGCAACUGUGGUCCUGGUCCCGGGCAAUAAUAUGUCUCAUCACUACUCACAUGCCUGCAAGUGUCGGCCUUACGAUCAUAAUUGCUCUAGAAAUAUUGAAAUGGACUCUCAAUUAUUACAGAACAAGAAAUAAUUAAUUACAUUACGUUGUUAGAAUUCGAAUGUUAUAUUAACUACGGUCGCGCGCUUCUUACCAUACCUACCCACCAGUGGCGAGGGGUGGAUAUUGUAAGAUGACAAGCCGAUAUAGACGGUAUAUGUAUAUCAAAUGCAAUGCAAAACAUUUUCCAUUCAGUAUCAGCUACUAAGAAUCGAUUUACUGCAGAAUGGAAUGGAAGUGAACUUUGUAACUAAUUUGUACGUGUCAUAAUGAACUUUAUGUCAAUUAUGUAACGUACAAACUAGAUACGAUAAGGUGCGGAGAUUCCCAAAAGGCACGAAUAUUCUACGAAAGUUGCCUACCUGUUUUUUUGGCUUGUAUCUAUGUUUGAUAUAAAGUUCAUUAUGCUAUGUAUUUCAACAUUUGCUUCCAUUCCAUUCCGCAGCAAUAUAAAUUGAGUCUUAGUCAGGGAAUCAAAUUCUUGUAAACCGUGUUAUAUUAGAAACCCUUCGCCACUGCUACCAACCGAACGUACAAAUAUUACUAAGUAUCCUUAAUUAACAUCGUAAAUGCGUCAUCAUAGAAUCUACAUCAUUUAUAAUUGCCUUGAAUCCCCCCUACCUUUAAUUCCAGAACACAGUAGUGCAGAUACUAUUGCUUUUGAAAUAAGCAACGUAGUAUCAUGUAUUCAAUAAACUUUAUAUUAGAAGAGGCACAAAUCUUUAUGAUUGAUUUUGGAAGUAGAGAUAUGAAUCUGUAGUGCAUUUCUGAGAAGCGCGCGAACGUCAUAUUGUGACAUAUAAUACAUCUUUACUGGAAUCAUCCAGUAGUUUAGAUGGCUCAUUUUUAAAUAAUACUGUGACAGGUUUCUAUGUAGUGUCAAUUGAGUUUCUGUUUAAUUGUGUGACAUUUUAAUUAUGGUAAGUCGACAGCAAUCUUUUUGAAAACAUUUCAUCGGGCCUGUGGCUCCAAUUAUAUUGAUCGGUCGAACAAAACAACGCAAUGACCAACAAAAAACGAGUCCGCACCUAAGGGCCCAACGCGGACGUCAAAAGGUGCCCUGCUUAAUCGGUCAUUGUUUUGAUUUUGUAUAACAAUGACCAAUUAACAGUGAUCUUAGGCAUCGGAACGGUGGGAAAGAUGUAUGUAUAAGAAAAAAAGUAUGUAGAAAUGCCAGUGUAAUCGAGGCAAACAGGCAUUCAUUGCUAGGGUAUGAAGGACGGUUGGAAAACUCUCAUUUUACAGUUUCCCUUCGUUAUGUUCCAUUUUAAAAUUUACUCCAAAUGAAAAUUUCAUGUUAUUUUUUUAAAUGCAUAUUAUUUUGUGUUACGUUUCGUCAAGUCUGUUUCGCAAGUUCACACGUAUUGAGAACUUCUUUUAGAACCCUCUGCAUAUUAUACAAGGUUAUUUUGUAAAAUACUAAAACCUUUCAAUACUAUAUUACUCAUCACAAACAACAACUUUUGUUCCAUGACUUCAUCAGGUUUUACUUUUGUGCAAAAAUAAAAUUAAUUAGAUCACUCUAAACGAUACUAACUUACUCGGUAAGAAAAGAAAGGGCUAGCUACUUCUGACACUAGAUUAUUCUGAAAAUGUUGUCACCCUUAUUGCACUAUUGGUGUGAAAGAGAAGAAUAUAUUUUCGAUUUAUGAGCAAAAUUUAUUGACUCCCUAUUAAUCUUGCACUGUUAUUGUAUUUUAAUAUUUGUGUUUUAAACAUAUGUAAAGCUGGUUUUAAAAAUGAAACAUCUACUCUCUACAAGACCGAAAAUUGCAUAAAGCGGAAAAUAACGAAACCAUAAAAUAAUUUAAAAGGAACAAGCGGUAAUUCGAUUGAUUAUUUUUAACGAUUAAAACAAAUAUAACAUAAUAAGCGUCUUUUGUAUAAAUAUUAGUAGGACUGAUAGAGUACAAUCAACAGCAUGAUUAGCUAUACAACUGAAAAUUAUAUUCGACUAUGCAUGUAUAAUAAUAAGCAGAGAGUGCUGUUUUAAGUUUUUCUGCACACCAGUGUACUUUGUGCAAAACAGAUUUGACGUUAAUAUUUGUGUUUAUAAAGGCUGUUAAGUCAGGUUUUGGGGUAUAUCUUCUGUUGACAUAAAUGUCAAAUGUCGACAUUUAUGUCAAUGAGGGUCAAAACUUGUCACCUUUUAAAAUGAUAACUCUAAGGUUUGUCUAUUAAGAAAUUGUUUUUUCAAUUUACAAAUCGAUAC